UUCGACUCAGUCGAGGUCUUCCGUGGAGGAAGGUACUUUUGAGUUGUUUGGGUUGAACUCAAAAUUAGGUAAAUUCAACUUAAAUUUGAGUAUAAAAAACCUAUCAAUGAGUUGUAAUUUUUGCCGUGGUUAAAUGGAAACUACCUUCAACACGGUUUACCUAAUUUUAAGUUCCCCCACGAUACCACGAGAUUGAGUCAAAGGAACUCAAUUUUAGGUAGUUUUUCGUUUCCGUGUGGGUCUGAGACUCAUCAGAAAGUACAGCCAACGACACGACUAGCGAUUUGCAUUUAAAACUGUAGCGCAAAAUUUAUGAAUGCGUUGGAAACGCCAUGAAGAAGCCGUGAUAAACGAAAAAAAGUAAACAAAGGUGGGAUCUCAUUUGCACUUAGGACAAUUGGACAAGUUUGUCUAGAUUCUGUCGGUUGUUAUGCUUAUGCGGCCGGUGAUUCGAAAUAUUUUUAGAAAUAUUACGAAUUUUCAAGGUAGCCAUUACACGCCGGCCUAACUGCGCGAUGGUGGACGCAAAGCUGGAAGCCGUACCGCUAGUGGAAAUCGACGAAGGCAUUUUCAAGUACAUACUGAUCAAGGUAUACGGACGAGAGAAAGCCGAUGGUAGCGAACCGAGCAAGAACAUCGUACGCGGUUUCGCUCGAGCCCAGUGGCAUUCGGAUAUCUACGAAGAAGUUAGCAGUGCACUGGCCGGGCUGGGACUGGAAACGGAAUGUCUCGGCGGAGGUCGCAUCGAACAUCGACCGGACGAAAAGUUGAUCAAAGUCUACGGAUACUCGCAGGGUUACGGCAAAGCGGAUCACCAGGAGACGAGACGAAUUUUACUGACCGAAUAUGGUAGUUUUAAUAUUGAAACGACGGAUGAAGGUUAUUAGUUUGACAUUGACCGGAGGAAUAGUUUCAACUGCCAGGUUUUUAUUAUGGUACCUACACGAUUGUAACCAACAGGGAAUCGAGAGCUAAUAAAUUACAAAAAAUAUCGAAGUAAUUAUUUCCUUGUCCUGAUACUAGCUGUAAACCGACAGAAUAUCUUAUUCAAUAAAAUUACAACAAACUCGAAA